CCUCCUACGUCAUCAACCUGGGACUCUGCUGGCCGGUGUUGUCAUAGGAACGGAGCGCAGAGUGAGAACAUGGCGGAGGGCAGCUCGCUCGUCUCCCUGGACUAUGAGGUGUUUGGGAAGGUGCAGGGGGUUUUCUUCCGCAAGUACACACAGGCGGAGGGGACACGCCUGGGCCUGGUUGGCUGGGUGCAGAAUACAGAUGCUGGGACAGUCCGGGGCCAACUUCAAGGGCCCCCAAGCCGAGUACGAGAGAUGCGGGAAUGGCUGAAGAACAAAGGGAGCCCCAAGUCCAGAAUCACAGGGGCCCAAUUCCACAACCAGAGAGAAAUCCAACAAUGUGACUACAGCAACUUCUCUGUCAAAAAAUGAUGG